UGAAAGUGAUGUCAUCAUGGAAUUCGAGAUUGGGCCUAGCAGCUAACUUCAUAACCGCAACGCCAACUUUACGACGGAACCAUCAAUAAUUAAAUGCUCAGAACAAUGCAAUCACUGCGCCUCAGAAAGAUAUCUUGCUACCCCUUCAAGUUACAUUCUCUUCAUACAUCUACCCGUGUCUUGUAUCCUUCAUCGGACGCACCCAAGCCCCAUAGCGCAGAGAGUUACUUCAAAGAUGUAGACGAAACAGCUCCACAAGACCCUACAAUACACCGCGUCGAUGCCGCAUCAGAGGCAGUACAGCGUCCUUACGAGGCACCUUCAGGGCAGUGGAGUCAGGCGGGUGUCAGGACCAGCGAGUAUGAGCACGUUAGCAAAGACGAGCCGUAUGACGUGCCUAGUAGCGGACAAGAAAAUGAGAAAAAACUGAGGUACGGUGGCACCGAGAAACCAGGUACUGAGACCAGUCAUUCCUGGGAGGGUCCAGAGGGUCAAUCGAGGGGAGGACGUAAACCAGAAUGAAGUCACUGAACCUCCAAGGAUAUGCCAUAGCUUCGAUGAAUCAUGGGUGUGUAACAUUAGUGGGAUGUAUGUAUUACGAUCAAAGCGUUGGCGUAGUAGUAGCUUGUGUUAGACUCAUGAGAUAUGGAUGGAACGUCGCUCGACAACGAUAACGAACCUAUGGGAUGCUUGAUAUUAAUGA